ACAUUUACCAUAACUAUUGAAUUUCUUCAAUACUCUGUUUAAUUUCCUUUUUCCCCCCACUGUAGUUGGUGUCAUGGUCACACUGACUAGAAUUGAAAGAUACUGGAUGGUCGGAGAAUUUUAAGUCUGAAAUUUAGCAUCCCUGCCCUGAACAACAGAGCCUUGAUUGGUGUAAACUACUUGCACAGACAAAGAUACUACUCACAAUCAAGUCUUUUAUUUCCACUGGACGACUGUGAUUAGAAAAGCUCCUGAGACAAAAUUCCAAGAAAAUCUGAUAUAAAUGAGUAACAACUCAACAUGUAUUCAACCAUCCAGGAUCUCUUCCAUGGCUUUGCCAAUCAUUUAUGCCUUCCUUUGCAUCAUUGGUCUCUUUGGAAAUUCUCUCUCUCAAUGGGUAUUUUUAACAAAAAUAGGCAAGAAAACAUCAACGCACAUCUACCUAGCACAUCUUGUGACAGCAAACUUACUUGUGUGCAGUGCCAUGCCUUUCAUGGGUAUCUAUUUCCUGAAAGGUGUUCAAUGGGAAUAUCGAUCUGCACAAUGCACGGUGGUCAAUUUUUUGGGAACCCUAUCCAUGCAUGUAAGUAUGUUUGUCAGCCUCUUAAUUUUAAGUUGGAUUGCCAUAAGCCGUUAUGCUACUUUAAUGAAAAAGGAUUCAGUACAAGAGACCACUUCGUGCUACGAGAAAGUAUUUUAUGGCCACUUACUGAAAAAAUUUCGCCAGCCCAACUUUGCUAGAAAACUGUGUGUUUACAUAUGGGGAGUUGUACUAGGCAUAAUUAUUCCGGUUAUCAUAUAUUACUCAGUUGUAGAAGCUACAGAAGGAGACGAGAACGUGUGCUAUAACCAGCAGACGGAACUAGGAGCCGUGACCUCGCAGACUGCAGGCCUCAUUGGAACCACAUUUAUUGGAUUUUCAUUUUUAGUUGUACUAACAUCAUACUACUCUUUUGUUAGCCAUCUGAGAAAAAUAAGGACCUGUACAUCCAUUACGGAGAAAGAUCUGAUUUACAGUUCUGUGAAAAGGCAUCUUUUGGUCAUCCAGGUUCUACUAAUAGUUUGCUUCCUUCCAUAUAGCAUUUUUAAACCCAUUUUUUAUGUUCUACACCAAAGUGGUAACUGUCAGCAACUGAAUUAUUUAAUUGAAAUUAAAAAUGUCCUCACCUGUCUUGCAUCAGCCAGAAGUAGCACAGACCCCAUUAUAUUUCUUUUUUUAGAUAAAACGUUCAAAAAGACACUAUAUAAUCUCUUUACAAAAUCUGAUUCCCCACAUAUACAAGCCUAUAGUUGACUUCUGAAUAGAAAACACCACCAAAUAGAAAAGUGUUUAUAUGGCUACUAGGGAUACUGAACUACAUGAUUAACGGGUCACAACUUGCUUGAAAGCUUGAAAGAAAACCUCUUUGGUUUUAGAAAUAAUCAUAAAAUUCACUUUAUAGCUCUACUAAUACUGCAAGUUGAGAUGGCAGAGACUCUCAGAGGCAAGUCAAGCAUGUUAAAAGGGAUCUCACUGCAUAUGAAAGCAACAGACCAUCUUCUCUUUAAACUCAACUGUGUAUGCUUUUAUUUAGAACACAACAGGUCAUGACUGUAGGAUAAAGCAGCAAAUGGUUUAUGACUUUUCUGCUUUCUAGUAGGUGCAAUAUAAGGGCCCAUCUAUGGCUAGUGUUCUGUUGGUAACUUUAAAAACGAGUAAAAGAAAAAAGUGAAUCAGAAAUUAUCUCGCUUAAGUCCUAUCUAGAUGUAUGAAUAAUAGAGUGCAAAAAUCCAAGGUUUUAUAAACGCAUUAUCUUGUAUCAUCUGCUUAUGUUACUUCAAGAAGUAAUAUUCGUUGAGUCCGGUAUUUAUUAAGUUGGUGUUUUUAUAAAUAUAUUUAAAUAUUCGGGUUAGGCUUGGUCAAAAUAAAGAGCAAAUACAAUGUCAUUAUAUGCCUAUCUUCACCACAUCUUGUAAACUUCCCUCUGUACUCAAUAUAAAUAAUGUGAUUAAUGACAAACAGUA